AUGACAACACGCAAGCACAACGAUUUUUUGGACGUCGCUGCUAGUGACGAUGAGGUCGAUCGCUACUAUGAUUCCGACGAGAAGGUGACGGAGAGCAAGGGUCGAGCUGUGAAGCGGAGAAAGAGAGCGGCAGAUACUCAAGACUUCUUUGGCUUGCAGUCUGACGAAGAUUCAGAAGGCGAGGAUUCCGAGGUGGAAGAGUCACGCUUGAAGGGCAAGGCGCGCAAGCAAACCAAAGCGAAAGCAUCCUCUGCAUCGGAUGACGAUAAACACGACGACGACAAUGAAGAUGCCGAAGAAGGCGGAGUUGAUCUUGAUGACGACGAAGAAGGCGCUUACCUUGACACUGCCACACCAAAAUCGAAAUCCAAGGCCGUUAAGCCGCUUGAUCUCAAGAAACUCGGAAAGCAAAAGAAGAAGCAAAAGCUUGGAGUGGUAUAUCUGUCCUCUCUUCCGCCAUACCUGAAGCCGAUGGCCCUCAAAUCUAUUCUCGAGAAGCGCGGUUUCCCACUCACCAAGGUUUUCCUGUCGAAGCGCCUCAACGACUCAAAGCAGAAAAAAUCCAAUAAGAGACAACUCUACACAGAGGGCUGGGUUGAGUUGCGGAAGAAAGAUGCUAAGAUUAUGGCAGAGACGCUUAAUGCCCAGACAAUUGGUGGUCUUGGUUACUACCGUGAUGAUCUGUUCAAUAUGAAAUACCUCUCCGGGUUCCGUUGGGAUGAUUUGACCGACCAAAUAAACCGCGAGAGAGCAGAGAGAGAAUCGAAACGUCGGGUUGAGGAUGCACGGGCACACAAGGAAGAGAAGAUGUUCAUUGCUGGUGUCGAGGCCGGAAGAAUUGCUGAUGGUAUGGCGAAGAAGAAUGAGGAGAAGAGAAAACGCAAAUUGGAGGAGGCUGGCAAGGAUGCCGACGCUGUGGCUGAGAAGAAACCAAUUGUGCGGAGACGAUUCGUGCAAAAUGAUGUUGUGAAGCCCAAGCAGGAUUUGAAUGCCGUUGGGGAUGAUACCAAACGGGUGCUUGGAAAGAUUUUCUGA